GGUUCCACUCACCGCUACACUCUUUGUUCUGGAGCGUGUCGCGGGAGGAUGGUCUCCGUCGGUUUUGUUCUGACGUGUAUUAAUUAACUGUUUAUCGUUCGACGGUUUCCAAUUUGGAGUCCAAUAGUAAAUAGAGGCGAACCAUGGCGGAGUAUCUCGCGUCCAUUUUUGGUACCGAGAAAGACAAAGUAAACUGCUCCUUUUAUUUUAAAAUCGGAGCUUGUCGGCACGGAGAUAGGUGCUCACGUAUCCACAACAAACCUACGUUCAGCCAGACAUGCCUGCUUCAAAAUCUUUACGUCAAUCCGCAGAACUCUGCCAAGAGCGCUGAUGGUUCCCAUUUGGUAGCUAAUGUUUCCGAUGAAGAGAUGCAGGAGCAUUAUGACAACUUUUUCGAAGAUGUAUUUGUCGAGUGUGAAGAUAAGUAUGGGGAAAUAGAAGAGAUGAACGUUUGUGAUAACCUCGGAGACCAUCUUGUUGGUAAUGUCUAUAUCAAGUUUCGGAGAGAAGAAGACGCGGAAAAAGCAGUCAAUGAUUUAAACAACCGGUGGUUCGGUGGAAGGCCUGUUUAUGCCGAACUAUCACCUGUGACAGACUUUAGGGAAGCCUGCUGCAGACAGUAUGAGAUGGGAUUAUCCAUUCCAGUCGGUGAUGGUGGAGAAAUCAAGAAUGAAUCUGCAAUCGGAGAAUGCACCCGUUCUGGAUUUUGCAACUUCAUGCAUCUGAAACCAAUUUCAAGAGAGCUGCGCCGUUAUUUGUACAGCCGCAAGAAGGGCGGCAAGGGUGGUGGCGGAGGUGGCGGAGGUGGAGGUGGUGGUGGAGGCGGAGGCGGCGGCGGUGGCGGCGGCGGUGGUGGCGGUGGUGGUCGUUCAAGGUCUCGAUCAAAGUCACGAGGCCGUACCGAUCGCAAGCGUAGAUCUCGCUCUCGCGAGAGAAGAUCCAGAUCUAAGGAUCGUAACCGCAAAGGAAGAGAUGAUAAAGGUCGCGACGGAAGAUCUGGUCGCUAUUGAUGUAUCUCUUUCCUAAAUUCAACUGACAUUUCACUAUCAUUCAAUUUUCGAUGUAACAAAGUUGUCAGAAGCAUAUUUCAGAUCUUUGCAGUAAGUUUCGAGUACUGUGAAAAAGAAACGAGCCUUAUCAGUUUUUACAACAGAAAAACAGAGUUGCAGUUACUGAAUUAAUCAUAAUGUCGUGAUACCAAUAAGUUUAUCAAUAUAAUAACUGCAUUAUAAACGACGUUCACGUGUGGAAUAAAUAUUUUAGCCGUAAAAUAUCGAAAUCUCUCGUAACUAGUAUUAUUUUGAACGUCAUUUUGUGAACUGGUAUUUAGUCAGUUAUUGUAAAGCAACAGUUUGUAAAACAAUAAACAAUGCUUGAAAUGUA